UGUUAAACGAAUGGGAACAGGACCUAUUGCAAUGAACUUAAUAUUAGGUCAUGCGAUCAAUGACAUUUUGAGAAAUAUGUCCCGCGCAUGCGCCCUUAACCAGCCGAAGGCUUGUUUUUGUUUUUCCCAUGGUUAUCGUCUUAAUAGAAAAUGUCACAUUAAUAUACCGUUAAGAGAUAUAAAGAAAUGGUGCUGUUGGUAGAUUCACAAUACAGUCCGACGAGGGCUGGCCAUGAUUUUCUGAGGCAGUUCUCCAAGCAGCCAACACCAGGUCGCUCGUGGGUGGAAGUCACACAUGGAAUACGAGCUUUUGAGCAUUCUCAAACAUUAUCGUAAAGGGCUCUGAUGAUGAAUCAGAUCAAGGGGAUCCGGGGGCGGUGCUGAAUGUGCCUGAGUUUCGAAUACCAAAUGGCCUGGGUGUACCAUUGGGAUACUUACACAAUGUAAACGACGCCCUCAACCGAUACCAUGUUGUGGACCUGAAGAUGUUGCAUCUCUAUUUAUAUGGAAAACUCACCCGCGAUAGCCUUUUAAUGCUGAACAUCAAAAAGUUCAAAGGCUAUGAAUACAACACAGCUUCACGUAGACACAUACACAAGUUUGAAGAAACUCUCUGCAUGGAUCCUCAUAAGUUGAGAGUUUUGUGCGACAUGUUGGACCUCGAUAUUGAAGGCGGGACGAGGGAUCAGGCUUUCAGGCUCGUGGAGUUCCUCGUGAAGCCGGAGUCCAACUCUCCAUAUUUCCGAUGCGUUCGUACGAUCGAGAGCAUUGCUAAGACUUACCAUAGAGCUGUUUCGGACGACGACUAUGAAUCCGAUGCUGAGACGAUGGUGGCGUGUUCAGAGAGGGCCAGAGAUGGGUCAGACUACUCCGAAGGUUCGUGUGUUGGAAGUUCAGAGUGUUGUCGCGCGAUCUGUGACAUCAGUGACAGCGAGAAGGAGGCUGACACUAAGAUGAUUUCUGACAAGGAAAUAUCCUCUUCUAUCGAUGACACCACUGUGCUAUCGCAGCCAGAUGAAAGUGGCUCUUUGGCGUCCGGGGAGAUAACAAGCGUGUGUGAUGAAAAAGUAGCCAAACCAGGGAUUGGACAGGAAAUUGCUUUACCCGGUUAUGCUAGAGCGAGACGUCUACCAACAGACGAGGAUAUAAGGAAGUUUUUGCAGAAAAUUUUGACGGGAUUGAAUCUGGAGAAGAUUACUAUGAACACUAUCUGCAGAGCGGUUUACAGCCAGUUCCCGGACUACGAUCUGGUCAACAAGAGGGACUUCAUCAAAGCUACAGUCAAAUCGCUUCUCUAGGAAGUUAAAGAUUUGGCGCAUAAAACUAUUUGGUGUUUUUUGGAGAUGUUAAUCAAUUGGAUCCCCUUCUCGAUGUCUUCACUUCAUGUCUAUUAACUUUUGAGAUGAAAUUUAUACAUUAUUGGACGCCGUAGAAUACGUCUAAAGCUAUGGCGGAAAUAUAAAUAUACACUAUGAAAUGUUUCCUAUUCCUUAAUAAAUACUAUUUUGUGAAUGUGUGUACCUACUGUUAGUUUAAAUUUCUAUUUAUUUAUGAGUUCUACUCUUGUUUAUAUAUGUUUUUUCUCUUACUGUG